AUGAACCGAUGUUCCACUGACUUCAGAUUUAGCGGCACGUCAGCAACCCCGUUACGGACGCCCGUUUGUGCCGCCCCAUUCGCGCGCUCGCGUUUUAUAAACGCCCGCUUGUGCUGCCCCAUUCGCACGCUCACUAGGGCGUGCGCGAUGCAGGCCGACGGCGUCGUAUCAAUCGCUUCAGUUUUGACGAGGCGCCGAAUCGCAAAUAUGUCGGACCGUCCGGGGGCGCCUCAUCUUAAUCUGCGUGACGUGGGCAUAGAGCAAACGCGUCAUAGAGUAGAUAUU